AUGGUGGAUGACAAGGUGCUUCUCCCUGGGCCUGCCCAACGGUCUGCUCCGACGGUGCUGUUCAAAGCCACAAACCUGCUACUUCUAUGCCUGCUUCUCUGUGCUCUUCCAGUUUUGUCUAAUGCUUCGUUCAUUCUCGACUUGCUCUUUCGGGCAAUCUCUUUUUUCAAGCAUGAAACUGUAGACCCCAGUUUCUCUCUGUCUGAGCCGUCUGCAGCACCAAGAUGGAUCGUGCCUGGUGCACGAUGGCUGGAUACUGAGGGCAAUUCCAUCCAAGCUCACGGUGGAGGAAUGCUGAAAGUAGAUGACGUGUUGUAUGGCUAUUGGUUUGGAGAAGACAAAGAACAUCACGCUUCAACAUUCAGGGCCGUGUCAUGCUACGUUUCGGCAGACCUGUAUACCUGGACUCGUCUUCCGGAUGCCCUUGUUCCCCUCGUGGGAACAUCAGUCUCAAACGAGAGCAUUGUCGAGCGCCCUAAAGUUCUCCAUAACUCACUGAACAAUGAUUAUGUCAUGUGGUUUCAUUCAGACAAUUUAAAUUAUAAUGCUGCCGAAGUCGGCGUAGCAGUUUCCCCCACACCCGAAGGACCUUACACGUUUCUAUGCUCCUUCAAACCCUUUGGGGCAGAUUCUCGUGAUAUUGGUCUCUUCGUGGAUGACGAUGAGAACGCGUAUCUUCUUUAUGCGUCAGACUGGAAUAAUAAUUUCAAAAUCGCCCAGUUGACGCCAGACUACCGAAAUGUCAGCAACAUAACCCAUGUGUUCUACGGAGGGGGUUAUGAGGCACCCGGCAUCAUCAAGAAGAAUGGGACUUACCAUCUCUUCAUCUCCGGCCUCACCGGCUGGUGGCCGAAUGCAAACAGGCAUUUAUCAGCUCCAUCUCUUUCAGGUCCAUGGUCAGAGCCGGAAGAUAUUGCACCACCAUUGCUCAGGACAUACUUCAGUCAGAACACCUAUGAUCUCGUCAUCGAGAGAGGCGAAAGCGAAGGGAGGAGCAUGGUCAGCCUGUUUAUGGGUGACCGGUGGAAAUCCAAUCGAUUGGGCCGGAGUAGUUACGUAUGGUUGCCCAUGAUGUGGCACGAAAAUGCCACAGUUUGGUUAGAUUGGGUUGAUGUAUUCUCCAUGGACCUGAAGACAGGGGCUAUUGUAAUCCCCAACGGUACUACGUAUCAUGCUGCCCACGGGAUCUUAUCACGAAAUGCACGGGUCGGCAAGUGCGCUUCUUGUACUUCGAAGUUGGCGGUGUAUCGAUUAGGCGCUGGCGGAUGCGUCACCAUUCAUGGAAUUCAAGGGAAUGGGGCCGAACAUUGGGUGUCCCUCUAUUAUGCGAACCCUGAUCGGAACUGGCGAGAGACAACGGUGAGUGUCAAUGGGGGGCCGACACAGACCGUAGAACAGCCAGACACCCAAGAUUCAGGGGCAUUUUUGAGUGUGCCUGUUCGGCUAAUGUUGAUGAAGUCUUCAAAAAACAAUAUCACAAUUGGUCAUAAUCAAACAAGUUAUGCGGGGAAUUUGGACAAAAUCAUCGUGUACCCGGUUUAG